CCCGAGUUAAUCAGGAUCAGCAGCCAUGAAUGAGACCCAGCGAGAGAGUCCGGAGAUCUCCAUCACUGACCCAGACAUCAGGCUGAAACUGGGCCACAAACUCUGAACCAACCUGAUGGAGCCUGGAGCCACAAGAGAAGACAAACCUCUGAGAAUGAUUUAAAAAGAGAAGAGAACUAAAGACAAAAAGGACAAACAACUUGGCGGGAUCUCAGUUGACCAUCCUGUCAAUUCUGGUUYGUUUAAAGGAAGUUGGAACCCAGCAGGGCGACCAGGAGGACUAAAAGGAGACGUUACAAAGUACGUUGUGAGUGAACGGCAGCGCUCAUGGAGGCAAAUCUCCUAAACUUUCCUGACUAAUGAUGAAAGUUUCACACCCAGCUGUGCCUCUGAAUCUCUGCCAUUGCUCUGACUCGCUGAUUUCUGAUGUCCUGGAAUCAACUGGAAACUGAACCAUGGUCAUUCUGCAGCAGGGGGACUAUGUGUGGUUGGACCUUAAGACGGGGCGAGAGUUUGACGUCCCAGUUGGAGCCGUGGUGAAACUCUGCGACUCCGGACAGAUCCAGGUUCUGGAUGAUGAAGGCCGGGAACACUGGAUUUCCCCUCAGAAUGCCACCAACAUCAAGCCCAUGCACCCGACCUCCAUCCAUGGGGUGGAGGACAUGAUCCGACUGGGUGACCUGAAUGAAGCCGGGAUCCUCCGCAACCUGCUGAUCCGCUACAAAGAGCACGUCAUAUAUACGUACACAGGUUCCAUCCUCGUCGCUGUGAAUCCAUAUCAACUGCUGCCCAUUUACACUCCGGACCAGAUCCGCCUCUACACCAACAGGAAGAUCGGAGAGAUGGCGCCACACAUCUUCGCCAUCGCUGACAACUGUUACUUCAACAUGAAGCGGAACAACAAAGACCAGUGCUGCAUCAUCAGCGGUGAAUCUGGAGCUGGGAAGACCGAGAGCACCAAGCUGAUCCUGCAGUUCCUGGCAGCCAUCAGCGGGCAGCACUCCUGGAUCGAGCAGCAGGUCCUGGAGGCCACGCCCAUCCUCGAAGCUUUUGGCAACGCCAAAACGAUUCGAAAUGACAACUCCAGUCGCUUUGGGAAGUACAUCGACAUCCACUUCAGCAAACGAGGAGCCAUCGAGGGAGCCAAAAUAGAGCAGUACCUGCUGGAGAAGUCCCGAGUCUGUCGACAGGCUCCUGAUGAGAGGAACUACCACAUUUUCUACUGUAUGUUGAAGGGCAUGGGACCAGAGAUGAAAGCUAAACUGGGUCUGGGUCUGGCCUCGGACUACUCCUACCUGACCAUGGGUAACUGCACAGAAUGCGACGGGCGUGACGACCUCAGCGAUUACUCCAGCAUCCUGUCGGCCAUGAAGGUCCUCAUGUUCACCGAGACCGAGAACUGUGAGAUCUCCAAGCUGCUGGCUUCCAUCCUGCACAUGGGCAACCUGAGGUUUGAAGCGCGGACGUACGACAACCUGGAUGCCUGUGUGGUUGUAAGAUCUCCUGAUCUGGUGACCGCUGCGUCUCUCAUGGAGGUGGAGCCUAAAGACGUGAUGGUGUGUUUGACCACUCGAACCCUCAUCACACGAGGAGAAAGCGUCACCACGCCUCUGAGCGUGGAACAAGGCCUGGAUGUCAGAGAUGCUUUCGUUAAGGGGAUCUACGGGAGGCUGUUUGUCUGGAUAGUGGAUAAAAUCAACGCUGCCAUUUUUCGACCUCCGUCUUGUGAGAGCAGCAUCAUAAGAAGAUCCAUUGGGCUUCUGGACAUUUUUGGUUUUGAGAACUUUAUCGUCAACAGUUUCGAGCAGCUCUGCAUCAACUUCGCCAACGAGAACCUGCAGCAGUUUUUCGUUCGCCACGUCUUCAAGCUGGAGCAGGAGGAGUACAACCUGGAGGACAUCAGCUGGCAGCACAUCGAGUUCACCGACAACCAGGAAGCUCUGGAUAUGAUCGCCAACAAACCCAUGAACAUCAUCUCACUCAUCGACGAAGAGAGCAAGUUUCCUAAGGGGACGGAUGCUACCAUGCUGUAUAAGCUCAACUCACAGCAUAAACUCAACUCCAACUACAUUCCUCCUAAAAACAGCUAUGAAACCCAGUUUGGGAUCCAACACUUUGCUGGAAUGGUGCAUUACGAGUCCAGAGGGUUUCUGGAGAAGAACCGAGACAGCCUCCACACAGACAUCAUCCAGCUCGUCCACUCGUCCAAGAACAAGUUCAUCAAGCAGAUCUUCCAGGCCGAUGUGGCCAUGUUUCUGUGUGGCUAUCAGCAGCUCAGCGCCCCCUCUGCCAAGGGCGUCGAGACGAGGAAGCGUUCUCCCACUCUGAGCAGCCAGUUCAAACGUUCCCUGGAGAUGCUGAUGAGGACGCUCAGCGUGUGUCAGCCCUUCUUCGUUCGCUGCAUAAAACCCAACGAGCUCAAAAAACCCAUGCUGUUUGACAGAGAGCUGUGCAUUCGUCAGCUGCGUUACUCGGGCAUGAUGGAGACCAUCCGGAUUAGGAGAGCAGGUUAUCCCAUCAGACACAGCUUUGCUGAAUUCGUGGAUCGUUAUCGAGUCCUGAUGCCUGGCAUCAAACCUGCUCACAUACAGGUGGACCUGCGGGGCACCUGUAAGCAGAUCGUCUCAGCCCGCCUCGGUAAAUAUGAAGACUGGCAGAUCGGAAAAACUAAGAUUUUUUUGAAGGAUCACCACGACAUGCAGCUKGAGAUCGAGCGGGACGAGGCCAUCACUGAUAAGGUCAUCCUCAUCCAGAAGGCCGUGCGAGGACUGAAAGCAAGGACAAACUUCCUCAGAAUGAGAAGAGCCGUGAUUUGUAUUCAGAAGGUCUGGAGGGGUUACCGAAACAGGAAAAAUUACCAAAUUAUGAGGUCCGGCUUCCUUCGCCUACAGGCGGUCUGCAGGUCCAGGAAGUUCUACCGGAGCUACCGGGUCACCCGCCACCGCAUUACCCUGAUCCAAGCCCGCUGCCGGGGCUUCCUCCUCCGGCAGACAUUCUGCCGCCGCCUCCGAGCCGUGUUGACCAUCCAGGCCUACACCAGAGGCAUGAUAGCCAGGCGCCUCUGCCAGCGGCUCAGGGCUGAGCGGCGGCGCCGGCUGGAGGCGGAGCGUCAGCGCCUGGCCGAGGAGGAGCUGCUGAGGAACCAGAUGACGAUCCGACGGGCCAAGGCAGAGGCCGAGCGGAAACACCAGGAGCGCCUCCACCAGCUGGUCCAGCAGCAGGAGGAGAGGGAGCGGGAGGAGAAGGAGGAGUCCAGGAGGAAGAAGGAGCUGCUGGAGCAGAUGGAGAGGGAGAAAGAGCGACCUGUCGACCACUCCGACAUGGUGGACCAGAUGUUUGGUUUCCUCGGGGACUCUGGGCCGCUGCCGAACCAGGACGGACAAGGACCUGCUGGAUUUGAGGACCUGGAGAAGACGCCUCGAGGUGAGGAGGCAGAGGAGGUGCUGAACGAAGCUCCUCCGCUCCCCGACGAGGACGAGGAAGAUCUGUCUGAGUACAAGUUCUCCAAGUUCGCUGCCACCUACUUCCAGGGCGUCUCCACUCACACCUACAUCAGACGGCCGCUGAAACAACCGCUGCUGUUCCACGAGGACGAAGGAGACCAGCUGGCAGCGUUAGCCGUGUGGAUCACAGUGUUGAGGUUCAUGGGGGAUCUCCCGGAGCCGAAAUACCAGAUGGUCCUCAACGACGGCAGCGAGAAGAUCCCCGUUAUGACGAAGAUCUACGAAACCCUCGGGAAGAGGACCUACAAACGAGAGCUGCAGGAGCUGCAGGUGGAAGGAGAGAACAGCUCCACGGACACUCAGAAGAGGAACAGCGUCAGACAUAAACUGGUGUCUCUGACGCUGAAGAGRAAAUCAAAGAUCACAGAGGAGGUCACCAGGAGGCUCACAGAGGGCAGUGACUACGUUCUUCAGGGCAACAGCAUGCUGGAGGACCGACCCACUUCCAACCUGGAGAAACUUCACUUCAUCAUCGGGAACGGUAUCUUACGGCCGGCUCUCAGAGACGAGAUCUACUGUCAGAUCUGCAAACAGCUCAGCCAGAACCCGUCUAAAAGCAGCCACGCCCGCGGGUGGAUCCUCCUGUCGCUCUGCGUGGGCUGCUUCGCCCCCUCUGAGAAGUUUGUCAAAUAUUUACGGACCUUUCUGAAGAAUGGUCCUCCUGGUUACGCUCCGUACUGCGAAGAAAGGCUGAGGAGGACUUUUGUCAACUGCACACGAACACAACCUCCAUCCUGGUUGGAACUGCAGGCCACAAAGUCCAAGAAGCCCAUCAUGCUGCCUGUGACCUUCAUGGACGGGACCACUAAGACGCUCCUGGCGGACUCGGCCACCACGGCCUUCGAGCUCUGCAACGCUCUGGCGGACAAGAUCAACCUGAGAGAUCGUUUCGGCUUCUCGCUGUACAUCGCUCUGUUUGAUAAGGUGUCGUCCCUCGGAAGCGGCAGCGAUCACGUCAUGGACGCUGUCUCGCAGUGCGAGCAGUACGCCAAGGAGCAGGGCGCCCAGGAGAGGAACGCCCCCUGGAGGCUGUUCUUCAGGAAGGAGAUCUUCAGCCCCUGGCACAACCCCAUCGAGGACUACGUGGCCACAAACCUCAUCUACCAGCAGAUCGUCCGAGGGGUGAAGUUUGGGGAGUAUCGCUGCGAGAAGGAGGAAGAUCUGGCAGAGCUGGCCUCUCAGCAGUACUUUGUAGAUUACGGCUCUGAGAUCCUGCAAGACCGCCUGCUCAGCCUCAUCCCAUCCUACAUCCCCGACAGAGAAAUCACCUCCACCAAAACCACGGAGAAGUGGGCUCAGCUCAUCAUCAGUGCCCAUAAAAAGGGAUUACAUAACAAACGGAGGCUGAACACUCAGAAGGUGAAGGAGGAUGUGGUGGAUUUCGCUCGGUUAAAGUGGCCUUUACUCUUCUCACGUUUCUACGAGGCCUUCAAGUUCUCAGGGCCCAGUCUGCCCAAGAAUGACGUCAUCGUGGCGGUAAACUGGACUGGCGUUUACUUUGUGGACGAACAGGAGCAGGUUCUCCUGGAGCUGUCGUUCCCAGAGAUCACAGCUGUAUCCAGCAGCAGAGGAGGGAAGCUACAGGGUCAGAGUUUUACACUGGCCACCAUCAAAGGAGACGAGUACACCUUCACCUCCAAUAACGCAGAGGACAUCCGGGACCUGGUGGUCACCUUCCUGGAGGGUCUGAGGAAGAGGUCCAAAUAUGUGGUGGGACUGCUGGACUGUCCAAACCCAGCGGGGGUGGACUCCACCUUCCUGAGUUUCUCCAAGGGGGAUCUGAUCGUUCUGGACGAGCACGACGGCGAGCACGUGAUGAACUCAGGCUGGGCUCACGGCACCAACGAUAAAACCAAACAGAGAGGAGACUUCCCUGCAGACUGCGUCUACGUGCUGCCCACCAUCUCCAGGCCGCAGUAUGACAUCGUGGCUCUGGUGACGAUGACUCCAGAUCAGAGGAGAGAAUCCAUCACUUUGUCUCAGAUGAGUCUUUCAGAGCAGGACAAACCGAAGGCCUACACGCUGGAGGAGUUCUCCUACGACCACUUCAGGCCGCCUCCAAAGAGCACUCUGAGCCGAGUGAUGAUCUCUAAAGCUCGAGGGAAGGAGCGUCUGUGGAGCUGCACCAGGGAGCCCCUCAAACAGCCCCUGCUAAAGAAAGUCCUGGUCCAUGACGAGCUCUCCCAGGAGGCCUGCCUGGCCUUCACUGCCAUAAUGAAGUACAUGGGCGACUACCCGUCCAGACGAGUUCGAUCCGUCAACGAGCUCACCGAUCAGAUAUUUGAAGGAGCGCUGAAGGCCGAGCCGCUGAAAGAUGAGAUCUACUGUCAGAUUCUCAAACAGCUCACAGAUAAUCACAUCAAGUUCAGUGAGGAGAAAGGCUGGGAGCUGCUGUGGCUCCUCACUGGUUUGUUUCCUCCCAGCAACAUCCUGCUGCCUCACGUCCAGAAGUUCCUCCAGGCCAAGAAGCACUUCCUGCUGGCUCCAGACUGCAUGCAGCGGCUGCAGAAAGCCUUACGGAACGGAUCCAGAAAGUAUCCUCCUCACCUGGUGGAGGUGGAGGCCAUCCAGCACAAAACCACCCAGAUCUUCCACAAGGUUUAUUUCCCCGACGACUCAGACGAGGUGUUUGAAGUGGAGUCGAGCACAAAGGCCAAAGAUUUCUGCCACAACAUCUCCGGUCGUUUGAUGCUGAAAUCCUCCGAGGGCUUCAGCCUCUUUGUUAAGAUCACAGACAAGGUCAUCAGCGUUCCAGACGGUGACUUUUUCUUCGACUUCGUCAGACAUCUGACUGACUGGAUAAAAAAAGCCAGACACGCGAAAGAUGGAAGUGUCAUCGUGCUGCCUUCACUGACCUAUCAGGUGUUUUUCAUGAAGAAGCUGUGGACCAACACGGUGCCAGGAAAAGACUCCAUGGCCGACUCCAUCUUCCACUAUUACCAGGAGCUGCCCAAGUAUCUGCGGGGCUACCACAAGUGUUCGAGGGAGGAGGUGAACCAGUUGGCAGCUCUGAUCUACAGAGUCAAGUUUGAGGAGGACAAAUCCCACCUCCAAAACAUCUCCAAGAUCCUGAAGGACCUGGUCCCCCAAGACCAGAUCCGACUGCUGAGCCCGGAGGACUGGAAGAGGUCCAUCAUGACAUCGUUCAGCAAGCAGUCAGGAAAAACCCGUGAAGACGCCAAACUCUCCUUCCUCAAAAUCAUCUACAAGUGGCCGACGUUCGGCUCGGCCUUUUUUGAAGUCAAGCAAACGACCGACCCAAACUACCCAGAAACCCUCCUGAUAGCCAUCAACAAACACGGCGUCAGCCUCAUCGACCCCAAGACCAAGGACAUCCUGACGGUCCACCUGUUCACCAAGAUCUCCAACUGGAGCAGCGGGAACACCUACUUCCACAUCACCAUCGGGAACCUGGUCCGAGGCAGCAAGCUGCUCUGUGAGACGUCUCUGGGCUACAAGAUGGACGACCUCCUGACCUCCUACAUAAGCCAGAUGCUGGCGACGAUGACGAAGCAGAGGACGUCCCGAAGCAACAACAGCAAGUGAUCGCUGAGUAAAAACACACGAUUUCAUUCAUCUAAACAUCCUGGGUCCUGUCUUAACUCACCUUCUGCCUUUAAAUGUCAAAACUAAUCAGUUUAUCUUAGAUAAAACAAGCAUUUCAGCUCAGCUGAAACCUGAAGAGUUGAUAGUUUAAUAUCUUUACAUAAGAAUCAUUUUAUGAACUUUUUUACCAACCAGAUUUCAUAGUUURGUUUGGUUGGAUUUAGUUUAAUUAGAACCAAUCAGGUUUUAUUUUCUUCAUUCACACCUAGUUAAAGUUAUUUUACCUGUGAUGUAAACUUUAUGUAGGAUUUAAUAAAUGUUUUGUAAAGAAAACA